GUAUGUUUUGUUUUGAAAGACCUGUAGGGGACCAGACGGAGAACUCCAUGCCAACCUUCUGUGCCCUGUGGAUGUGGCAGAUGUGCCCGAGGGCACCCUGCCUGACAAGCAGAGCACCGAGCAAGCCAUACGGUUGUUGGGAAAGAUGAAAACAUCUGCCAGUCCUUUCUUCCUGGCUGUGGGCUAUCAUAAGCCGCACAUCCCCUUCAGAUACCCCAAGGAAUUUCAGAAGCUGUAUCCCUUGGAGAACAUCACCCUGGCUCCUGAUCCCCAGGUCCCUGCCGGCCUCCCUCCCGUGGCCUACAACCCCUGGAUGGAUAUCAGGUGGCGGGAGGAUGUCCAAGCCUUAAACCUCAGCGUGCCCUAUGGCCCGAUUCCCGCCGACUUUCAGCGGAAAAUCCGCCAGAGCUACUUCGCCUGUGUUUCGUACUUGGACACGCAGGUUGGCCACCUUUUGAGCGCUCUGGACGCUCUUCAGCUGGCGGGCAGCACGGUUGUGGUGCUCACGUCGGAUCACGGGUGGGCUCUAGGCGAACACGGAGAAUGGGCCAAAUACAGCAAUUUUGACGUCACUACUCGCGUGCCCCUGGUGUUCUAUGUUCCGGGAAGGACGGCUCCGCUUCCGGCGGCAGGCGACAAGCUUUUCCCAUACCUCGACCCUUUUGAUUCCAUCUCAGAAUCAGUGGAGCCAGGCCGGCAAGCCGGGGACCUCGUGGAACUGCUCUCUCUCUUCCCCACGCUCGCGGGACUCGCAGGGCUGCGCGUCCCUCCUCGAUGCCCCAUCCCCUCGUUUCACGUGGAGCUGUGCCGCGAAGGCCGGAACCUUCUGAAGCAUUUUCAGGUCCGUGACUCGGAAGAAGAUCCGUACGUCCGUGGUAAUCCCCGUGAGUUGGUGGCCUAUAGCCAGUACCCCCGGCCUGCAGACUGUCCUCAGUGGAAUUCUGACAAGCCGAGUUUAAAAGAUAUAAAGGUCAUGGGCUAUUCCAUACGCACCGUAGACUAUAGGUAUACCGUGUGGGUUGGCUUCAGUCCCCGGGAAUUUCUGGCUAACUUUUCAGACGUCCAUGCAGGGGAGCUGUAUUUUGUAGCUUCUGACCCUUGGCAGGAUCACAAUAUGUAUAAUGACUCCCAAGGCGGAGCCCUUCCCCGACCUUUGACGCCUUGAGUUCUGCCAACCGCAGAGGGCAUACGUCACGCUCUCCCGUCCAGCUGGCGAGAGAAGGAAUUACACUGGUUAUGUCGUGAUUACCUGUAAUAUUGGA